CCCUCUUUUUGAGGCAUUGCAUUGAGUCGGGAUGAAAGGAGAUGGGAUGGGAGGAGAUACAAUUGAGGUGCUGAUGCUGAACUGGAAGGAGGAGUGUAGCGAUGUCCUCCCGUGGCAGUGUCUCACCCGUUACCCUGGGGACUGCGAGAAUGUCGUGUUCGUGGAUGUGGAUUUCCCGGACCUGAUGGAAAGGAAGAGGCAGACGGUGCUGGGCACGCCCGAACUGUUGCGAGCGUUUACAGGGGUCCGCGCCCCAGAAACGGUGGUUAAACCCGUGGUCUUUGAGAGCGAUCAGUACGUCCAGAUCGGGUGCGAUCUGAGGGAUCUCAAGACGCUGCAGCAGGGGCUGGCCGCGGCCAUUGGGGACCUUGCUGAGUGCGAGUUCAUCUUCGUCGCCGAGGUGUCGAUUACCUAUAUGGACACAGACGGGGCCGACGAGGUCAUCCGCUGGGCUUCGUCUGUUGGGAGAAAGGCCGAAUUUGUCCUCCUGGAGCAGAUCCUCCCUGACGGCGAGGACCACCCGUUCGCCUCAACCAUGAUGAACCACUUCCGGAAGCUUAACACGCCAUUAAAAUCCGUCCACAACUACCCCACCGUGUCCGACCAGCACGCCCGCUUCUCCUCCCUCGGCUGGGACUCAGUUAGGGUCUGGACGCUUUGGCAGGCAUGGGCCGACGAGACCUUCCUCUCUGCUUCCGACCGCCGCCGACUGGACGACGUCGAGCCGUUCGACGAGUGGGAGGAGUUUGCCCUCUUUGCCAGCCACUACUGCGUGGUCCAUGCUCGGGUCGGAAGCAACGCGGCCGCGGCACCGGCGCCGCCUGUGCCCUCGAGUACCGAAAUCCCCGUUCAGCCCGCUAUCCUGCAGUUUGACCCGUGCCAGGGGCAGAGGGGCCAGCGGCGCUUUGCAGCCGCAAUGCAAAUCUCGCGAGACGGGGCGCAGAUGUCGCUGUUGAACGUUCUGGGGUUGGGGACAAAAGGCAGGCUGCAGUCGUGUGACGUUUUCACACUGGGCGCUUCCGCGAGUGAUGAGCCACUCACGUUUCGCGCAGGGGGCCCGACGAGCAGGAUGUGCCACUCCUUAACAGACCUAGGAGAUAGCGGCGCAUUGCUGGCGGGAGGGCGCGGUUCUCCGGACAGUCCUCUCCGGGAUUGCUGGAUUUUCCAUAAGAGCCAGGGUCUCUGGAGGCGCACGCACGAUCUCCCUAUCCCGUUGUACAGGCAUUCAGUUACGGCGCUGGGAGAGACAGGUUUGGCGUUGCUUGUUGGAGGCCGGAGCGAGAUUGGCUCGUUUGCUGGCGCUCUCCUGUACCAUCCUGAGCGGGGCUGGGUAAACUGCGAGGUGGUCGGUGACAGACCGGCUGCUGUUUACGGGGCAGUACUCGCUUGCGGGAGAAGUACGGGGGAAACCAGUUUUAGUGGGAUUUAUGCUGGCGGUCUAGAAGAUGGUCUUAUUUCCGACCAGAUUCUGUCCUGGGAGGUGAAGCUGUCAGAUGCUAAGAAACCGACAGUCAGGUUCAGCAAGCUGCCCCUCCCCGGGGCGUUGGAAGAGGCCUCAUUUCGGCGGUUGUUGGCGAGGUUCGGUGCAACGUGCCUUCGGCAUGGCGAUGAAUUCCUGAUCUUGGGCGGCGUAGCCAAAGACCAUCUCCUAAGCCACCAGGAUGAGGCGCUGUUCUGCUCCUUGACAUCAAGCGGGCUGGAGAUCUCUCGGCGGCUACGACCCGACAGCGCCCAGCAUGUGGGUUCCGUUCCCCGCCCACUAUUUGUUGGACAUUCGGUAGUCUUGAGGCCAAACGGCGACGUCGUCGUGCUCGGCGGUGGCGCGGUGUGCUUCUCCAUGGGUACCUUCUGGAAUAGCGGUGUAUACACUCUGCGCGUCCCUGGGACUGGAGAUUGUGGCCUAGAGGUAUCACCAGCUGCUUCCCGCUGGGCGCACGAAAAGACCAUCGACAUCGUCCCGAGCCAACCGGGUCCUCCAGUGGUAUUGAACCCUCUGGACGGGGCUAGUGGACCAACCAUCACGCCCAUUCCGCGCCUGAAGCUGGAAACGGCAGACGACUUCCACGACGUUGUCCGUGCGGGACGCCCAGUAGUCCUGGUGGGUCUAGAUCUAGGCAACUGCAUCUCCGCGUGGACAAUGGACUACCUCGUCGAGAAGGUUGGGGCGGACCGCAAGGUAAGAUUAAGUUGUCACAGCUGGCGGCGGCGUCGCGAGAAGUUAUGCUAACAAGAAGCAGGUCGUCAUCCACGAGGCCGCAACCCAGGCCAUGGAUUUUACAACCAAGAAUUUCCGCUAUGUUACAACCGAGUUUGGUGAUUUUGCUCGGCGAGUUGGGCAUGGUGACAGGCUCUACUUGAGGGCGUUGUCACACGAGAAGCCAACCGAGAAGCCGGCAGUAUUGGCAGACGACUUCCCGGGACUGGCGGCCGAUUUCAGGCUUCCUGCGCAGCUGGAUUUGGUUGCGGAGAACCACUUCAGUUCUGUGCUAAGGCUGUCUGGACCCGUGAACAUGUGGCUGCACUACGACGUGAGUUUCGAAUGGAAUCACUCCCGUCGUGCUCCUGGCUGCCUACCACCGCGGCCCUGUGCUUGCUUGUUACUUUCCCAUAAUCCUUUUCUACCGCUUUUUUCCAUCUCCUUUUUAUUCCGCCUGGCGCUGACGAUG